GGACGUACACGCCCACAGAGCAUCUGCAGCAUUGUGCUGCAGCCAUGCGCUGCCCUCCUCUGAUCCAGGGACAGCUUGAAUACCGGCAGCAUGGAGCACAUGUCCUCUCCCGUCAGAUUUCGCGGCAAUAAAAAAGCUUCAACUUUCUCGGGCAAGGAGUUGUCCAGUCUGUCCAUAAGGGACCAGGAGGACAUGCAGUAUCCUUAUGCCAUGAGGGAUUUGCCUCUCAUGUCUCACUCUGGUGAACAGCACCAGAGACCAGGCCACUAUGGAGCAGAAGGCAUUGGGAGCCCCAUCAAUGUGAGACACCUCAGCCUUCCUGGGACUCCCUCUCUGGUCCGCACCAUCCCCUUCCACCCCGGGGGCUCUCCAGCAGUCCCUCCCAGACAUAAUCACAUGGGACUGGAUCCAGAAUUUCAGCAGCUACCGCUGAGGAGGCAAAUUGUUUCUCAGGUGUCUCUGGACUCGCCGCUCAGCCCUUCCAUGCGCCCACGUAGCCCCUGGGGACGCUUUGACCCCUACGACUCUCCUGAGGAUCAGGACAAGGAGUACGUAGGUUUUGCCACAUUACCAAACCAGGUCCACAGAAAAACUGUGAAGAAAGGCUUCACAUUCACACUCAUAGUCGCAGGGGAGUCCGGUCUCGGUAAAUCCACACUAAUCAACAGUUUGUUCCUCACGGAUCUUUACAAGGACAGAAAGGUUCUCAAUGCUGAAGAGCGGAUCAGUCGAACAGUCGGCAUCAUCAAACACACCGUUGGCAUUGAGGAGAAAGGAGUCAAACUGAGGCUCACCAUCAUAGACACGCCAGGGUUCGGAGAUGCCGUCAACAACACAGAAAGCUGGAGGCACAUAGACGACUACAUCGACCAGCAGUUUGAACAGUACUUCAGAGACGAGAGCGGGCUGAACAGAAGAAACAUUCAGGACAACAGAGUCCACUGCUGCCUCUACUUCAUCUCACCGUUCGGACAUGGCCUUCGACCUCUGGAUGUGGACUGCAUGAGGGCGCUUCAUGAAAAAGUCAACAUAAUUCCUGUGUUGGCCAAAGCUGACAGCCUGACACCGGCAGAGGUCUGCAGAAAGAAGAUGAAGAUCAGGGAGGAGAUCAAGCAGUUUGGGAUAAACAUCUACCAGUUUCCUGAAUGUGAUUCAGAUGAGGACGAAGACUUCAAGACACAGGAACAGAUACUUAAGAACAGCAUCCCAUUUGCUGUGAUUGGGAGUAACGUACAGGUGGAGAGUAAAGGUCGAAAGUUCAGGGGUCGCGUCUAUCCCUGGGGCGUGGUAGAAGUGGAGAACCCGGCUCACUCCGACUUCCUGCUGCUGAGGAACAUGCUGGUGAGGACGCACAUGCAGGAUCUGAAGGACGUGACGCGGGAAAUUCACUAUGAGAACUACAGAGCUCAGUGCAUCCAGAACAUGACACGCAUGGUGGUGCUGGAGAGGAAACGCAGUUUGCGUGAGAAAUAUCGGGACGGUAGUGAGGCAGACUUUCCUCUGCCUCUGGCCGUCGCUGACACUGAGAAGGAAAGACUGAUCUAUGAAAAGGAUGAAGAGCUGAGAAAGAUGCAGGAGGUGCUGGAGCGGAUUCAGGAGCAGAUGCAGCACAAUCAUAGAGGUGGCUGCUGAUUCUCACCGUACAUCCCUGAAACAGGAGCCAGACGAGGAGCACCCAGAGUCACAGAGGAGGCCUUGGCAUUUGGCAAGCUUGAAACUGAGCCUAUUUCUAAUUGUUCUUACUUAGGAUAACUUGCAGUGAGAAUCAUAGUUGGAAUCACGACUUUCCAAAGAUACUAGAAAGGAUUUCACUGUUUUUUCCAGAUCUAACUCCCGAUCUAACCUCCUAAUCAUAAAAGAAAAAUCAUGAACUUUAUCCUAAAACAUUCUAUAACUAUUAAGGAUACUGCAAGGACAUGCAAGUCAAAAGCUCAGUAUUGCUGUUCGGGAGCAUCUCAACAGGAUAACUGAUUUGGACUGUGGAAUGAGUCACCCAUUCGAAAAACCAGAGUGCUCCAACUGUUUUAGUCACAUGCUAGCUAAAGAAAAGAACACAAGUCAGUGUUUUAAAUAGAGUUUAUAGACCAACACUAUGGCAUAUGUAAAUAUAAGAUGUGAUCCAAUGCAAGCAGUCACCAACUCCUGGAUGAGCAGCCUGCAGCUGUACAAUGAUAAUCGAUUGUUGCUGUUCAAGUUUAUUUAUAUAGCACCAAAUCUCAAUAGCAGUCGCCUCAAGAUGCUUUUAAUUAUAAGAUAAAGACCUUACAGUAAUACAGAGAAAACACCAACAAUCAGAAAACCCCCUAUUAGCAAACUUUUGGCGACAGUGGGAAGGAAAACCCCUCUUUUAACUGGCGGAACCACGCUCAGGGAGGGGCUGGUUUGACUAGUUGGGGUGUGUUCAUCAUGCAAAAGGCACACUGAUGAACACGCUGACCCAGAAUGUCCCAGACAUGUUUGAUAGGAGACAUAUUGGUGCUAAAUAAUAAGGGCGUGUGUGAAAACGAUCCUGAUCCAGAAAGACCAGCUCUGCCCUGACAUUGUCCUCCUGAACAGCAGGAGGCACCGCUGCCUCUAGUACAGCUUGGAGCACCUCGUCUUCAGACAUCUGUUGCAAAGCAAAGACUGAAAACAUAUUUCACCACAUAACACUUGCAUUUCUUUUUUAUGACUGGUAGAUUUGUUUCUUUAUCAUGUGAACAUGAUCCCUUUAUCAGCAACCUCGUUAAUGGACCAAAGCUGCCACAAACAAAAUAAAUACAUCAUUCAUUUGAGAAAUUAUUAAAAACAAAUAUGUUGAUAUUUAUUUUACUUUUCUUCCGUAUUUAAAUUUGUAAUGAGCCCUCACACUUCUAAAUUACUGAAAGCAAAAAGGUUCAACCCCUGCGUCUAACACACGAUCACUCUGACAUGUGCAGUAGGUGAAAAGUUGCUCCACUUCGAUCGACAACCUUUCUAAUUUG